AUGCUCUUCCAACAUACAGCCAGGUUCCUUGGGCGUCCGGCCCAUCUCUCAGGCCAUCUGACUGCUGCCGUGAGCCGACGGAGCUGGGCCUCCACGCCGGCGCGAUUCAACGCCGCGCAGAACCCGAGUGCCUACCGGGAAGGGAUGUCAAGAUACAAUUUCUUUGCCCGUCCCUUCGGGAAGGUCUUUCUAGGAGCCGUGCUGACGUACCAGAUCAUCUACUGGACUUGGCUGAAGCUCGAGAUGGAUGAGUCCAAGCUAGAAAAGAAUGAGGAAAUCACCAGCCUGGAGAAGCAGGCCCGAGAAUUGGCCGCUGCCCAGCAGAAAUAA